GUUUACCAAAAGUCAAGCUCUGAGAAUGAAUCAGAAGGUAAGGUAUCCCAAUUGAUAAAAAUGAUGUGCAGUCUGAAUUUUUUUAAGUUUGACUAGUUUUCAAACCAUCUGUUAUAAUACACUGUGAGCAUGGGCACCAGAUGAGAAAAAUAAAUUUCAUUAAGUUUACUUGUUUUCUUUCAAAAGAAGAUACUGAUGCGGAAUGGUGAGAGUCAUGGAUUGAAAAGCAAAAAGGUGUUAAUAUUAAGAUUAAAUGUAUGAAAAUUUGCAAGUAUGGAGUCUGUGAAGUAAUUUUUUAUCCAUUUGUACACUUUUUUAUGACUCACAGUGCAGAUAACAACCAUCAUCUAGAGAAAUUGAGUCAUUGAAAUAGGAAGAAAAUUUCCAUCUUUUGCAGUGUUCCUUAUACAAUAUGGUAGAAAUGGAUAGUUUUGAAACCCUAGAGAGCCUUCUGUUCCCAACAAGUUCUGGUCUUUCCUAGGAAAUUUGGAAGGUGUAGACCUGUGCAGUCCCAUUUUUGGGCAUGUAAUGAGGGUUUUCUGAUUUAAGUUUCUUUGCUGUUCCUUGAAGUCAACCAUGAUUGAAAAGUUAAGAAAUUUCCAUUAAUGUUAGAGGUAAAACAACAUUGUUAGUGGUACUAGCUUGAAGCAGGCAGCCAUUGCAUUACAAAUGUGUGGAUCUACCCACUAUCUGCCUACUUUUGAAACCCCUCUCAUGAGAAAUGGUUUCACUUGAGUGUAGUAUUUCAACACUUACCUGAAAUUUCCUAAUGAAAGCAAGAACUCUUCCUUUGACUCUAAAGAGUGAUCAGCAUCAAAUUUCUCCCCACAAUAUCACUCCUGAAUCAACCAUCAAGGUCACAAGAAUAAGAUAAAUGAUCACCAACCAGAGAUUGUUAAAGACAUUCUCCUAGUUAGCACCUUACGAAAAGUACAAAGAACAGUAUGGAGAAUAUGCAUAAUGAUGAUAGGGCUCAAAGGGUUAAGGAACAUUCAAUUAAUUUGCUUUUGUGCUAUUAUAGACAAAGAUAAAGAGGGAGGUAAUGGUGUCAUUGGGCCUCUUCCAUUGAUGCAAGACACAGGCGAUCAAGACAUUACAGAGUAAGUAAGACUAUCAAGUGAUAAAUUAACCCUAUCAUCACAAUCACAGAUAGUGCAACUCAUAUCAUGAACUUGUGAAGUGUGUCCUGUACAAAACAAUGAUACUUUCAUUUGUGGUAAAUAAAUUGAAUGUACCGUUAGAUUAUGACGUGAUUUCAGACUAAACCAGUAUUUAGUAUUAUCAACUGCGUUGAUUACAUACACUGGCCACCAUGAAGAGUUUUAAAGCUGAUUUUUCGAGGGUUAGCUCUUUGUCAGAGUGAAUGACAAGGGGCUAAUGCUUGAAACAUCAGCUUUAAAACUCUUCAUGGUGGCUAAUUUACAUUAUCAACUCAGUUGAUAAUACUAAAAUACCCUCUUAUACUCUCCCACCGACGCAGCUCCACAGUUUCUUAGAAACUUACCCUAGAGGGGAAGAGCAUGGCUAACUUGGAGUAAAUAUAGGCUAACGUGGUAGAACAUGGUUAACUAAGGGUAAAUGUGGGUUAACAUGGUACAACAUGGCUAACUUAGGGUAGAUGGGGGUUAAGCGAAAUGUCGAAUGGUACAGCGUACAUACAAACAGUGUAGCGUUGCGUGAAAUGGCUCAGCGUAAUGUCGAAUGGUACAGCGUAGACACAAAUGGUGUAGCGUUAGGUCGAAUAGCUUUGUGGAACAUCAGACGCUCUAUCUGAACAUUAAAUUGCUUAGUAUUACUUAAAAUAUUUCGAUGUUGUGGCGACUCGUCGAGCUUGCUAGUGGCGUGACGUGAAGGCCAUGCCAUUCCUUUAUUAGCUAUGCUAUAUUGCAGCUGAUCCUUAAACUCUCUUUGUAUUUGCUGAUCUAUCUGACAUCCUUGUAUUUUUGGUGGUGACGGCCGCCAAGGCUAUCUCGCCGAAAACACCAAAAAUACAAACCGCAAAUGGAACAGCGAUCUGCUGGGGGCAUGACGUCAUCAAAUGUGAAGACUACCGCAAAACCAUCACAUGGCGUAGUCGCUGUAUUGAAUAGUCUUCAUUUCGCUUUGCCGUAAAGCAGAGCCAAUUCGGUAAGUUUCUCCUCUUUUUUUCCCUACCGAUAUUGCCUUUAUUCGUUGUCGUUCAUGAAAGCGUCAAUUGAAAUAGCAACGAGACUGAGUUCUACCACGGUUGCCGGUGUCCUAGCGGAUUUGGACCCCCGGUCCUAAUCCGCAAGCGGAUCCGGACCCCCAACAGAACUGAGUGAAAACAUCAUCCUUAACGUUCUCGUUGAAAUAGAUAAUACUUUACAUUUCAGUGCGUACUUAAGUAUGUUUUUAAUUCAAAAUAUGCGUAUCGCCGAUGCAUACGAACUGGCAGCUAGAAAUGACCCUUCGGAUGUUUCUUUUGACCAAGGGAAAAUGUGCAAGCAUUUAGUUCAAUGUUCGGAGAAAGGUCGUUUUUGAACCUUUUCUGCAAUAGUCGAACACCGCUAGAUUCAGUAAGAGACAAACUUAUGACACUAAUUUAUUUUAUUAUUGUACAAUGCCCAAGUGUUGGGACGACAUGGUACAGUGCGAGUUUGUUAUUUCAGAUCCCUCAACAGUUAAUAAUCGUUAAUAUUAGAAAAUAAGAUUGAGAUCUAUGAAAUAGUCUCCAUUUUUGUUAAGACGUAGACAUUAAUGUUGAUUUGCAUCUGAAAAUAAGCUGGGAGUUGCAAUAGUUCAGAAUAGAAACAUUUUUUCUUAUCAUAGGCCUUACCAACGACUUGUCGUAAGAGUUGUUACUUCGUUCUUGUUCAGAAACUGUUUAAUGUUAUUUGAUUAGAAAAUCAGACUGAGAUAUUUUUGUAACUGGACGCAAUAGUCUCCACUAUUGUUAUGACGUUUCGUAUCAAUGUUGAUUCGCAUCAGAAGAAGCAAAGAUUUAUUGUUACAAUUUCAAUCGUUCGACUGCAGUAGUUUGUUCGCAUCUAGUUCUUGCGUAUACUGUACGACUCGCUAUAAUAAAUGCGGCAGGAUUGGAACGAAAUGGCUGUUUUUCUUUACCUUUAUUGAGGAAUGUGUUGAUUGAAAAGAAUAUCGACAAAAAGCUUGUAAAUAGAAUAAGUUACCAAAUAUGAUACAAACGAUACUUAAAAGGAACGUUUGGUAAGGGGUCCAAAUCUGCGAAGGGGGGUCCAUAUCCGCUAGCAGAUUUGGACCGGUGGGGUCCAAAUCCGCAGUGACACUGGCCUCCCGGUUUACCAAAGUUUGCACGCGUUGGUGGGCCUGAAUAUGUUUAUAGUAUUAAGUAGUGUUAUGACGUGUAUUAAUUGUCGAUUGUCGAGCUCUCUUUUCUUUCUCUGACUUACACUUACUUUUCAAUGAGAGUUGGAGGAGGACGUGAGAAGUUGAAUUUUGUGUGUGCCCUGGACGCCAUGGUAAGAAAAUUGAUAUCCUUGAUCUGUUUUGACAUUUUUCAAUCAAAGUGAUAUCGGAAUGCUUUAAUUGGUGUGCCGGACGAUAAAACCAACUCGGAAAAAGGUUGCUUACCUACAUGUUUGAUUGAAAAAUGUGGUAGAAUCCAGUCUCGUUGCUAUUUUAAUUAACGCUUCCAUGAACGACAACGAAUAAAUGCAAUAUCGGCGGGGGAAAAAAGGAGAAACUCACUGAAUUGGCUCUGCUUUACGGCAAGGCGAAGUGAAGACUCUUCAACACAGCGACUACACCAUGUGAUGGUUUCGCGGCAGUCUUCGCAUUCGAUGACGUCAUGCCCCCAGCAGAUCGCUGUUCCAUUUGCGGUUUGUAUUUUUGGUGGUUCAAAGUCCCCAAUCCAUGCAUACGAAUGACAGUCAAAUGCCUGUGGGUUGCCCGGAGUAGGGGGGAGGGGGACGAAGUUUUGAACUGGAUGGCGCAUUAGAGUUUUAUUAAGUUUUCUCUAAUGGUUAUAAGUAUUUAUUUGUAGGAGACAUGUCUUCAUGGAUUCUGCAACGCCAUUGUAUUCUUCCAACAAAGGAAAAAUUAAUUAUGCCAGGCUGUGUCGUCUUCUUAUUGUGGCUGGAAAACUUUUGCUAACAGAGGUCUUUGACAAGAUUUGUCCACCAACAAAACUUGACUCAGUUCUAAAGGAUAACAAAACUCGUAGC